AAGAAGAAGAAGAAGAAGAAGAAAGUGUUAUCCACAAAUCAAAGCCGCUUUCUCUGUUAAGCGAUUUUAUUUGCUUUUUCUUAAAAAUUCCGUCCUCUUCGUAAAGCAAAAUCAACCCAUUUCCACCAUUUCUCUGUUAAUCACAAGCACAAAGAACAGAGAGAGAGAGAGUAAAAAACAGAGUGAAAGAGGUUGUUCUUGGCCUUGAAAAGUGUAUUCUGAUAAGGACUUGUGCUCAUCGAUUCCGUAUUGAAUUAUUACCUUCUGGGUUUUUGUAGUAAUUACUGUUCUUCAAUGGGUAUUCAUCCAAAACCCUUUUUCUUUUUUCCACAUUACCCUUCUCCCUCUGUUUUUCUCCUCUAAUCUCUGUUCUUCGUCUUCUUCUUUGCAUGUUCUUCAAUGGGUGUUUUGCUUUUUGUUGUUUUUUAAUAACUUGAGAGUGUUCUUUUCAUUCUCUGUCCUGUUUUUGCCGCUUUUUCCUUUAGAUUUCUCAAAGUUUGUGGGAUUUGAGUGGUUUUCGUUUCUGGGUUUUUACUUUCAGCCCUUUUUCGUUUCUUUUUUCCUGAAAAGAUGCUUGAUAUUUAAGGUUUUUGAUAACGUUUUGAUGGUUGUGGACCGGUAUUAGGUCCUCUGUUCCCUUUGUCUUCACCCUCAAGCUUUUAAAUCAAACCCCCUUUUACUCUUUUGUUAUGAUUCUCCCCUUUUCUCCUCUGUUUCUGUAGUUUAUGCAUGUUAGUUUAAAUUCUUGUAGCUGUUCUUACUGUUCUUGUUCUUGUUCUUCCGAUUAGAACAUUGACCCUUUUUUGUUGAGAUUUCAAAGAAGUAAUUACAUGGAUCGGCGGGAUCCGUCGUUUUCUGGGUCACAAUCUUUCUAUAUACAGAGGGGAAUGAGUAACUCUGGCUCCGGAGGACAGGGGUUGCGUUCCUCUCCUAACCCAAAUGUGGCAUUUCAGACCAACACUGGUGGGAACAAUGUUGGAUCAGGGUUGCCAAUGGACCCUAACCCUGCCCUUUCACCUUAUGGUGGCAAUGUUGGGGCUCAAUCUGGUGGAAUGAUGGGUAGCGAACCGGUGAAACGGAAGCGAGGUCGGCCUCGCAAGUAUGGAACUGAAGGGACUGUGUCUUUGGCACUUUCUCCUUCCCCUUCUGCUGUGAAUCCAGCCAUUGUAGGUUCUUCACCGAAGCGGGGAAGGGGUCGCCCGCCUGGCUCGGGAAAGAAGCAACAAUUGGCUUCUCUUGGUGAAACACUUUUUGGGUCAGCUGGGAUGGGUUUUACUCCACAUGUUAUCACCAUUGGAGUAGGAGAAGAUAUUGCUGCCAAAAUUACGUCGUUUUCGCAGCAGGGACCGAGAGUUGUCUGCAUCUUGUCAGCAAAUGGUGCUGUCUCUACUGUUACACUUCGUCAGCCUUCGAGUUCGGGAGGCACCGUCACAUACGAGGGGCGUUUUGAGAUAAUAUGUCUAUCAGGCUCAUAUGCUCUUGGAGAAGCUGUUGGUUCUCGGAACCGCAGUGGUGGUCUGAGUGUCUCCCUUGCCAGCCCUGAUGGUCGUGUCGUUGGUGGCGGAGUAGGAGGAGCACUUAUCGCAGCAACCCCGGUUCAGGUAAUCGUAGGGAGCUUCAUGUGGGGUGGUUCGAAGUCGAAGUACAAGAAGAGGGAAGCUAUUGAAGGCGUGAUUGACUCGGAUCAACAGGCAGUAGAUCAUGCAGUUGCUAUAGCAAACGUGCAACAGAAUCAGAAUCUGACAUCGACAUCCUCGGUUAGUAUGUGGCCGUCAUCGCAGUCUUUGGACAUGCGCAAUGCCCAUAUCGACAUCGAUCUGAUGCGCGGGUGAGUGAGCGAGCGAGUGAAGUUUAGUCGUAAAUUUUCACACUGGUCUUGUUAGAUUACUUGUGAAAUGUGUAGGUUAAGUGGGAUUGAGUUUGGAUUAUGUUGGUCUUGUUAGAUUAUUAUUGACAUUCUAAUUUGUAGUUUAUGUUUUUUUUUUUUUCAUGUUAACCAAUGAAAACAAAAAUUGUGUCUGAUUCAAAUC